UAAGAAUUCCCCACUUGACGAGAUUUAUAAUCCAAAACACAGCUAUAUAUCUCAAGAUCCAUCAAAGCAUAUUAUAAAUUAAGAAAGCCUAGCAUGCAUUGCACAGCGCACCCUUCCAUUAGCAGAGUCCACCAUGUCUGGCCAAACUUCACCCUCCAAUCCCACCAUUACCGAUCCCUACCAGCACAUUCAAAUCAUCCCUAACCAUGAUGGAACAAUCACCCGUGACCCCAACAGAUAUCCAAAUUCCUCACCGUCACCUGACCCCAAAGACCCUACUCCUGUCCUCUCCAAAGACAUCAUCGUUAACCAAUCGGAAAAAACAUGGGUUCGCAUAUUCUUACCUAGGCAAACUAUAGUUGAUUCUUCUUCGACCAGCAAGCUUCCUCUUAUAGUCUAUUUCCAUGGAGGGGGGUUCAUCAAUUGUAGUGCAAGUUCAACGGUUUUUCAUGAUUUUUGUUCAAGCAUGGUUCUUGAUCUCCAUGUUGUUAUUGUCUCCGUUGACUAUCGUCUAGCACCCGAGCACCGUCUACCGGCGGCCUAUGAUGAUGCUAUGGAGGUUUUGCAGUGGAUCAAAACCACCCAGGAAGAUUGGCUAAGAGAAUAUGUUGAUUAUAGUAGAUGUUUUCUCAUGGGCAGUAGUGCUGGUGCUAACGCUGCUUACCAUGCAGGUUUAUGUGCAAGUCAGGAAGCUGACAAUCUCGUGCCCUUGAAGAUCAAGGGUCUGAUAUUGCAUCAUCCAUUCAUAGGUGGGGUCCAAAGGACUGGGUCAGAGGUGAAGUUAGUCAACGAGCCUCACUUGCCACUAUGUAUUAACGAUCUCAUGUGGAACUUGGCAUUGCCUUUGGGCGUUGACCGUGAUCAUGAGUAUUGUAAUCCAAUGGUAGAUGGUGGAUCUAAGCUUUGGAAGAAUGUGAGAUUGCUGGGAUGGAAAGUAAUGGUGACUGGCUGCGAUGGGGAUCCAAUGAUUGAUCGCCAGAUGGAAUUUGUGGACAUGCUGGUGACGAAAGAUGUGAGAGUUGUGGGUCAUUUUAGCACAGGAGGCUACCAUGUUGUAGAGCUGAAGGAGCCCUCCAAGGCUAAAGCAUUACAUGCUCUGUUGAAAGAUUUCAUGCUUGAUGCACCAGCUGCAUAGGGAAAUCGUUUCUAAAUUAAAAUCUAAACAUGAAGGAUUAAGAAGAUUUUAGAGCAAUUAAUCCAGAUUCAAUACAAGUGCUAUCUUGUUCUUUAGGGUUCUUCUCAAUCCGUGCUGGUCUUGUAAACAGUAAUAUUAAUGCUAAUAACAAAAUCCUUCUUAGAA